AUGUCCACCAAGAGCAUCCGGCAGCGCCAGCCGCCCGCAUCAAUCCCUGUCAUCGAGAAGCUGAAGGCGCAACGGACCAAGGCUCCCGCAGAGCCAACACUCCCCGACCCCACGCAGCACCCAGCCGGCGAAGUCAAACAUGGAGUCUUCGCACAAGCCAUGCGCAUGUGUCUCUUCGCAGCGUACUUCAACGGCAGCAUCAUAGCUAUCGCCAUCACGCAAUACAUCGGCCUCCCGCUAUAUUUCUACAGCAAAGACCUAUUCUACGCAUGGAUGGCCAUGACAAAGCAGCACUUUAGCAUGGUCGUCACCACCAUGACGUACUGGUGGGCACCCGUCACGAUGCGCGUCAGUGGAGACGAGAGCGUGCGAGGACAAAUGAGGAAGAACAAGGAUGGAAUGAUGGAAUGCGACUUUCCAGAGAGAAUGGUCCUCAUCUCGAACCACCAGAUCUACACUGACUGGGUCUACCUCUGGUGGAUGGGAUACAGCGCUUCCAUGCAUGGCCACCUCUAUAUCAUCCUCAAGGAGUCGCUCAAGUACAUCCCCGUCCUCGGUUGGGGUAUGAUGCUAUAUGGCUUCAUCUUCCUCUCACGCAAAUGGUCGACGGACAAGGAACGCUUCCAGCAUAGAUUGAGGAAGCUGAGCACGAGUCACAGUGGUCCACUAUCUGGCUCCAAUGGUCUUGAUCCAAUGUGGCUGCUCAUCUUCCCUGAAGGCACAAACCUCAGCAAAAACGGUCGCGCUUCGAGCAAGAAGUGGGCGGAGAAGAAUCAAAUUGAAGAUCUGAGACAUGUAUUGCUGCCACGAAGCACAGGCUUGUCUUUCUGCUUGCAGGAACUGCAAGGUUCUGUCGAUUAUUUGUACGACUGCACCAUGGCGUACGAAGGCGUCCCCGUCGGUCAGUAUGGCCAGGACCUCUUCACUCUGUACAGUACCUACUUUGAAGGCCGGCCGCCAAAGUCCGUGAACAUGUACUGGCGCCGCUUCGCCAUCGCCGAUAUACCUCUUCAUGACGAAAAGAUCUUCAGCGACUGGCUCCUUGCCCGGUGGCGCGAGAAGGACGAUCUACUUCAGUAUUUCGUCGAGAACCAACGUUUUCCAGCAGACGAAGGCGAAACACCCAGCGUGAAUGGUGGAGCCCCGCUAAAAGGUGCUGGCUGGAUCGAGACUGACGUCCGGCCGAAGCUUUGGUAUGAGUGGAUACAAAUCUUCGUCCCGACUGCUGCAUUGGCGCUGAUCGUCAAUGUUUUCAUGAAGAUCUCAAACAUUGUAAUGAAGGUAACAAGGGUGAAGUCAUGA